UUCUUCCGAAACGGUUAGCUAUCAUGACCUGUCUGAAUCUGAAUUGAAAGCGCUCAAAACAACGCUAUCCACUCUCAGCAAUAUUUCAACGAAAAAUGAUUCUGCCUCUUCUAUUGGAAUGUCAAACUCGUCAACAACGACAACAGCAGCAACGACAACAGCAAAAGCAACAUCAACAACGCCAACAACAACCGAAGCAACAACAAGCAACAACAACAAGUUUGUCUACAACUAGUCCGUUGCCACUUGUCACGACUAUUGCGCAUGGAACUGGUAACAAGACAACAAUUAUAGAAGAACAUGAGAACACGACUGCCAGUACAACAGAAAGUUCUACUGUUAUCAAUUCGACUAGCAGAGCACCGGAAAUAACAGUACCUAUGGAAGUUGACAAUGAUAAAAACAACGAUGAUUUAGACGAAUCUGAGGUGGUGGAGUUGGAACCGCCGUCAUAUCCGUGUCCUGGAUCUCCAAACACAUUGAUCUACCACGAGCAAAUGUGCAAUGGCCUGGUGGACUGUCCGGAGGCUACCGACGAGAUAGGUUGUACUUGCCGGAACCGAAUGGAUCCCAGUAAAAUCUGUGAUGGGGUUUUCGAUUGCCCUUCUCUUGACGAUGAAACAGGGUGUCGCGGUUGUAACGCAAGCCAGUUUAAUUGCGACAUCACAAGGCAAAGACCUCUAUGCAUUCCAUUGAGACAACGAUGUGAUGGCUUGGAGCAAUGUCCUGAUGGAAUGGAUGAAAUCAGUUGCAGCAUUCUAUCACCUAAUGAAUACUCACUUGAGGUUUCCGUAGCUAAGUACAGCUCCGGAUAUGUGAUGCAUAAUGUCAAGAGUAAGUGGUAUCCGUUGUGUGGUUCAUCCGGCAACGUGACCAGCUUGAUCUCCGGCAUUUGUCAGUUGACUGUUGGUGACGGUCUUGGCAGUUUCAACAUAUCCAAAAGAAAAGCGAAUUCCGCGGUUUACAAAGGCCAAUACGCCAUGAUGUUUGAUGUUGCAAAAAGAGUCAGGCUUGUCAAAAACUGUUCGGAUCUCGUUUUUGUUGAGUGUCCGUCACCUCGGUGUGGUAGGAAGGCUCCGACUCAGGCAGAAAUCGGUCAUAGAAUGACAACUAAAUCCAACAACGCAACGAUAGCCACAACUACGACAAAAAUGCCUUUUCAAAACGUUUUCUUUAGCAAUUCAUCAAAGACUUCUGGACAAAGUUUGCAGCAGGCGUUUGAAACUCCUAGAAAUUUGACAGAUCAACCCCGUGUUCUUGAGCGCCGUCUUCGAAGAGCGGACUUCCACUGCCAAUCGCUCGGGUGUAGUCGCCUCACUGGUCGUUAUUCGCAUUCAAAAACCCAACGACGUAAGAGACGAGGCACUUUGAACAGAGUGGUUGGCGGCCGCGAAAGCAAUAUGGGUGCUUGGCCAUGGGCGGUGGCCAUCAUUCGCGACGGUGUCUUCAAAUGCGGUGGUUCUUUGCUAGACAGCAAUUGGAUCUUGUCAGCAGCCCAUUGUUUUCCCGCGUUGGAGAAAUCUCAUUUUGAAAUUCAAUUGGGUAUGUUACGGCGGUCUUCUUAUUCCCCCUUGGAGCAAACUCGAGCCAUUCUUUCCAUUUAUAUUCACCCAAAUUACAAUUCGCAUACCCUGGAAAACGACAUUGCAUUAUUGCGAGUACAAAAGCCUUUGCAACUCAAUCAAUGGACUGCUCCCGCAUGUCUGCCAAGUUUUGGCUAUUUUCCACGCAACGACACACUUUGUACCGUCGUCGGAUGGGGAAACGUCCAAGAAAACGGACCUGAAUCGGAUUCGCUUCGUGAGGUUGCUGUUCCUAUUAAACCUUGCAGCGCUGACCUGGCUGCCCGUAAGGACAAAAUCCUGUGCGCAGGUUAUCCCGAAGGAAAAAAGGAUUCGUGUCAGGGAGAUUCAGGUGGACCCUUCAUUUGCCCGGAUCCGAAAAUUCGUGACCGUUGGUUAUUGGUUGGAAUAGUCAGUUUUGGUUUGGGAUGUGCGCGCCCCGGAGAAUUGGGUGCUUAUACUAAUGUUGCUUACUACGUGAACUGGAUUGCUGAAGUCAUGGAUGAAAAGACCGUACAGUUAAAGCGGAUUCCUAAACAGAGUUGCAGCGGGCUGAUAUGUCCGCGCGGAACGGGAGCCUGCUUAACCCCAGACUUGAUUUGUGAUGGAAUCAUAGAUUGCUUGAACGCAGAGGAUGAACUGGGUUGCACUACAAACCUUCCGCCUACAAGUCACGAGCCAAUUGUUACGACAAUUUCUCCAAAUUUAACCACCACUGCACUGCCACGUCCAACCGUCUGCUCGGUUGACCAAUUCACUUGUUCCAAAGUGUUCCAGUGCGUUCAGCUUUCGCAUAAGUGCAACAAGGUCAUUGACUGCAUCGAUGGAACGGAUGAAUCUUCCUGUUCUUGCGGCGAUUAUUUAAAGGGCAUUGGAAAUUCUGAAUUACUCUGCGACAACCAUGUCGACUGCGCAGAUUUUUCGGAUGAAGCCGGAUGUCGGACUUGUCGAUCGGAUGAAUAUUACUCACUCGCUUCCGCGCAGUGCACUCCAUACAAAGAAAUGUGUAAUAAUCGUGUAAAGAAUGCACAAGGCGAUGAUGAAUCUCAAUGCCUGGCCCUGAUUCCGCAAUACUUCUCUGUUGCACUCGAUCGAACUGGAAGACCCAAACGUGAGCAAUCGGGUUUAGUAGCCAUGAACAAACUGGGGGUCUGGAAUCCAAUUUGCGUUCAAAAUUGGUCGUCUUCGGUCAGUGACGAAAUCUGCAGUUUCAUUGGAUAUGGGCCUGGGCUUUCAUACAGUUUACUUUCUGGUUCGAAGCUGCUUCCAUUAAAACCAUUGGAACCACCACAAGGAUUCCUGUGGAAUUCUUCAAAACCAUCACAAUCGCCAUCGACUCUAUUUAAAAGCGAUCUUGGUUUGUUCAGCGAAGAUUUCAAUUUGACAGCAUUACAUUCGAUUGCCAAACGACAAUCUGUAACCUCUACAACGAGCGAUUGCAAAUUUGUGAAUGUAACAUGUAGCAACCAACUGUGCGGAAUCCGACCGAAUCUCGGCGGAUGGGACACCUUGCCGAACACUGAAGGACGUUUCCCUUGGCAUGCUACCCUUUUCCUCGAAGGCCAAUAUCUUUGCGGUGCAACGCUAGUGGCCCCUCAAUGGCUACUAGUAUCCUCCGUCUGUUUCCGCAACAUUGACUUGACCAAAGACUACGUAGCUGCCUUAUUAGGUAGCAGGAGGCUGAUACCAUUUACUUCACCGAUGGAACAAAUUCUGCGUGUUGCAAAUAGCGUGAAAAUUUCUACAACCAGCAAGAUGACCCUUCUCUUCCUUGAACGGCCCGUCAAGUUGACUGAACAUGUGAACCACGUUUGUUUAGCUUCAUCUAGGGAAGCUGUGCGCAACCUCAUCAAGAACCAAUGCGUGGCAGUCGGAAUGAAUGGAACGCUACUGGCUAGUUCGGCUAGUUUUUCGCAAAUAAAAUUGAAUGUCGGUCGUACACUUUUGGCCACCUGGACCAACAACGAAACUAUCUCUUGCCCUUCGGACAAGUGGUCUGGUAACGUAGUUUGCUCCGAUGGCUUUACCUGGUAUGCCGUUGCCGUCUUUGAGCGUGAUUGUUCUAAAAGAGAACCAUAUGUUAACACUCUCGAGGGAAUUUGGCAAAAUUUUGAUACCAUUAGGGAAACUAUAACGUGCAACCAAACAAAUUUAAAAGCUAUCCAGAGGAAAAAACGGCAGCUUCAAAUUUCGUGUACAAUGCCAGUCCUACCAGCGCCUAGGUGUGACUCUUGGCGUUGCCCAUUGGGUGCUUGCCUGAGUAAGAAUGAAACAUGUGACGGCAUCCCUAACUGUCGGGAUCGCAGUGAUGAAACAGAAGCUUGCCGUCCUGCUGAAAAGAAUGAAUUGAUGCCAUCCGUUAACUCAUCAAUAUGUGAUGAAAGCGAGUACAAAUGUCUUGAUGGUCAAUGUAUCCCUGGCGACGCACUUUGCGAUGGUGUAGUUGAUUGCGCCGCUGGUGAAGAUGAAAAAGCGCCUUUUAGUGAUCUAGAAUGUCCCACUGAUUUCUUUCGUUGUCUCAGUCCAGGACAAAACCGUAGUCAAGAAACGAUCCCCAUGUCAGCUGUCUGCGAUGGUGCAGAGAAUUGUUCAAACGGCAUGGAUGAGUCGAAGUGCGUGUCACUUAGUGCUGAAUACCCGGUCAUAGUUGACACAAAUGGGAAUCCAUUGAAACUUUCACCGUCUGGAUUUGUUGUUGUUCGUGUAAACGGCGUGUGGUAUCUUUACUGCGCAAACUUGUGGUCGGAGAAACUGACCGCUGGUACUUGUAGUGUUUUCGGUUUUGGGAAACGGGCUUCGUUUGAAGCUGUCGGUUCAUCGGCCUUUUCACCGAUCAGUAAGGCCAGUCAACAAUGCUCACUUGCCGUUUUUCUUAAUUGCGCCUAGUCUAACUACCUUGUUACCUAAAAAAAACUUCCAAAAUGUUCUUGUUUUGUUUUAACCUGCGCGAUUUUUAAGUUUGAAGCUUUUUGUUCUUCAUCAACCUUCAUCCAGCAUCUGCUCACCACCCAUGUUUUACGGCACUGUUAUCAUAGCUUAACUACAAUAUACAAAUUGAACUUUA